AGCGGGCGGAGCCGGUGGGAUCGGACCCAAAGACCGACCGACGGACCGAGGGUUUGAGGGAGGGGCACGGACCAGGAACCUGAGCUAGGUCAAAGACGCCCGGGCCAGGUGCCCCGUCGCAGGUGCCCCUGGCCGGAGAUGCGGUAGGAGGGGCGUGGGCGAGAAGCCCCUUCCUCGGCGCUGCCAACCCGCCACCCAGCCCAUGGCGAACCCCGGGUUGGGGCUGCUCCUGGUGCUGGGCCUGCCGUUCCUGCUGGCCCGCUGGGGCCGAGUCUGGGGGCAAACCUCCACAGUAUUGACCCCUUCUGCAAAUGACAAUAACACUGUUGUGCCUUCACCCACCAGCUCCAGCUCCAAUGGCAACUUGUCUCAGGGGGCCAUCACUGCUAUCAUUGUGGUCUUCUCCAUCCUGGCCAUCUUGCUCCUGGCUGUGGGGCUGGCACUGUUGGUGUGGAAGCUUCGGGAGAAGCGGCAGACGGAGGGCACCUACCGGCCCAGCAGCGAGGAGCAGUUCUCCCAUGCAGCUGAGGCCCGGGCCCCUCAGGACUCCAAGGAGACGGUGCGGGGCUGCCUGCCCAUCUAGGUCCCCUCUCCUGCAUCUGUCUCCCUUCAUUGCUGUAUGACCUUGGGGAAAGGCAGUGCCCUCUCUGGGCAGUCAGAUCCACCCAGUGCUUAAGAAUAGCAGGGAAGAAGGUACUUCAAGACUCUGCCCCUGAGGUCAGGAGAGGAUGGGGCUGUUCACGUUUAUAUAUGUAUAUAAAAUUAGUAGUAAGAUGUAA